GCGGCGGGAGCGCUGCGCGCAGGCGCGGUGCAAGAUGGCGGCGCCCGCGGGCGGCGGGGAGGCGGUGGCGGCGGCCGACCCGGUCCCGGCCUCGGCGGCCCCGGCGCUGGGGCGGCUGGAGGAGGAGGCGCGGCGCCGCCAGGAGCGGCUGCGGGCCCUGCGGCAGCGCACGCUGCAGAACAAGGACGGUGGUGAACGUGAGAAGAAGCAGUUCAGAGAAGACGAGGAAGAGGAGGCUGUCAGGCAUAAGGAGCUCAAACUGCGAAACUACGAGCCUGAAGAUGAGGAGCUGAAGAAGAGGAAGGUGCCCCAAGCCAAGCCAGCCUCAGUGGAAGACAAGGUGAAGGACCAGCUGGAGGCUGCCAAGCCCGAGCCCAUCAUCGAUGAGGUGGACCUGGCAAACCUGGCCCCCAGGAAGCCAGACUGGGAUUUAAAGCGAGACGUAGCCAAGAAACUGGAAAAGCUGGAGAAGAGGACGCAGAGAGCCAUCGCUGAGUUGAUACGAGAGAGGUUGAAAGGGCAGGAAGAGGAGCUGGCAUCAGCAGUCGGGUCAGCAAAGCAGGAUGGAAGCGACUCCGACUGAGGAGCUCCGUACAGCAGCCUCAGGCAUGAGCUCUGCCCAGGGCUUCUGUAGAUCAGCCUUUGCCAGCAAUGCCAGUCCCCUGCUUGCAGGUAGAGACGCACAUCUCGUCGGGACUCACUGCUGAUGAAUGCUUUGCCAGAAGUCCAGGGAGCCCUGAUGUGCCUGAAGGAGAGGGACAGAUACAAGGAGCUCUGAGAUCGUGGCUGGCUUUUGAGGAGCAAUUCACAGGUAUCUUCUUGGGACCAAUUGCAGUGCCAGCAGGAGCUGAUGUGAGCCGGACAGACACCCAUGUUAGCUUGAACCUAGACCGGCAGGACUCAGAGCAAGGAAAAUGUUAGCAAAAGGACUGGUGCCAGAGAAGAUGCUGACAUCCCCGGCCAAACUCUGAAACCAACCCUAUACUCAUGUUAUCCAAGGCUAGGCUAGAUCCAGGCUAACUUGCCUCUCGUUUGCUGGGUAAGCAACACACGACCACACAGCCUACAGCAGCCCUUAGAGAGACGCUGCUCUUUCCCAGAGGACUGACAACCCUGUUUCUGUGCGGAGAGAUCCCUGCCUUGAGGUGAUGCUCUCUGCGGAAUAGCUGGCCUAACCUGCACAAGCGACGUCUCGCCUUUGGCUGUGAGUACUUGAGAGCCUUUCGUUCACGGUUGGGCCCAUCAUGUGCGGUGCAGCUGUGCUGGAAACGACCGUACGGCUCAGGACCUGUUGUCAUUCUGCAUCAGGAAGAGGGCUCCCAUGGUCCAGCUGAGAAUAACGUGCAGUUUGUUCUGUUCCCUCCAGUUUCCAGAUCCUUCAGGCUGUGCAGCCAGUACCACCUCUCUGUGUUUUAUAAUUGACAAAAGCUUGGUUGUAAGUUUAUUAUUUUCAUAAUAAAAUGGUCCCGCAGUGGUAAAAACCAUCA